AUGGAGAACUUGUUCCCUACUUCGUAUGACGAUGCUACAGUUUACAAGAUUGACCACGCUGGACGAGUGAGCCGUGAGAUCUUCCAAACAAUCAUUGGAUUUUUCUUCGCUCUUGCGACGAUCGCGUUGCUCGGCCGGGUCGGCGUCCGCCUCGUCAUCCGCCGGCGACUGUUUCUGGACGACUAUAUCCUCUUAUUCGGAUAUGCAGCAUUGAUCUCUGCGACGGCAGUCAUCUAUCGAUUCUGUCACCUGAUUUAUGUACUAAAUGCCUUCAAAUACGAGAGAACCGUGAUUCCGACUUUGCAGGACCUCCAAGCCAUCGGACAGGCACAGGCAAUUAAUUACUCGUUACUAGCCGCCAUCUGGACCGCAAUCUGCUCAGUCAAACUAUGCUUUCUGGCUGCACUGAAAUCUCUUAUCGCCAACGUUUCCAGACGCGUAACGAUAUUUUACUGGUUUGCGGUAGCGCUAUCGAUCGUAACAUGGUGUCUCUCGUGGACGAUAGCCUGGAUUAUCUGUCCCUAUGUUGGCGCGGAAUUGAUCCUGCACUGUUCCCCGGAGACGCCAUUUGUGAAAACGCUGGCACUGAGCAUAAUGGUCACCUUCCUUGACAUUGUCACGGACCUAAUAAUUGUCAGUAUACCCAUCUGGAUCCUCCGGAAUGUCCGUCUGAAGCUGAAACAAAAAUUCGCCAUCGCCGUGUUCCUUUGCCUCUCAGUCGUGAUGAUAGCCACGACGAUAACUCGCAUGGCUCUGACUCGUUUCAGAGGCCACGAUGAUUACACGUCGGAAUACCUUAUCUUGUACCUUGAGGCAUGCAUUGCUGUGCUCAUGGCAUGCAUUGCUGCUUUCCGGAGUGUUUUCGUGGAGAACAAACGCCGGGGCCAGGAGGAGCAACACGGUCUGCACAAUCUGGCUGGCAACGGAGAAGGUCCUCGGCGACCUGAGAAUCUACGUGGCCGCAUCCAGCAGAUGAGAGCGAAGGCCAACGAGGACGCCCACCUGCAAGCUUCGAUGUCAGGAACCAGAAGUUAUUUGCCGAGGGCAAAAUUAGAUGGACCGAAGCUCAGCGGAGUCUUGACAUUCAUCAAUAGUCUCGGGAGUCGCUCGCAGAGUGCAAAGUCGACAUCUAGCCAAAGUAGGAGCGGGGCGUUGAGCUCGGUUGAUGAUGUGGAGAACGACGGGUGGAUGUACACGGGCAGGGCGAGGCCGAACGAUGCGGGCUUCGAAAGGCUGCCGACUGCAAGGGGCGAUGAGGUGAGACCGGUUUGGGGCUGA